CUCUACGAUUCUUCUCUUUCUCUCUCUCUCUCUCUCUCUCCUCCUACGAGUUCUCCUCUGAGAUCCGAUCCGAGGGAGAGAGAGCUCCAAAACCCUAGCAAAAGCCCGAUCCCUCCCUCCGCCGCCGCCGUCGCCUCCUCCGCUCUCCGAUAACCCGACGAUGGCGACCGAGCAAGCGGCGGCGCCCGCCCCCCGCCCCACCCCGCCGCCGCACUCCGCCGCCGCCGGCACGGAUCCGCCGCCCUCCCCCCAAGUGGUUGGCCAUGCUUUUGUUCAUCAGUAUUAUCACAUCCUCCACCAGUCGCCGGAGCUCGUCUACCGAUUCUACCAGGAGGAUAGCAGGCUCGACCGCCCCGGCGCCGAUGGAACCGUCUCCUCCGUCUCGACUCUUGAUGCGAUAAAUGAGAAGAUCGUUGCGAUGGAGUAUCAUGGUGUGAAGGCCGAGAUAAUCUCAAUCGAUGCACAGGAGUCACACAAUAAGGGGGUUCUCGUCCUUGUAACGGGCUACCUCACAGGAAAGGAUAGCCUAAGGAGGCACUUCACUCAGUCGUUCUUCCUCGCUACACAGGAUAAGGGCUACUAUGUCUUAAACGACAUAUUUAGAUAUAUUAAAGAGGCCAAUGAGCAGCAGGAAACUCAUGGAUCGGAGAACGGAGUUAGUGAUGCUCCUCCUCUUGCACAUGAGCAGCAAGUAAAUGGUAAAAGUGUCAUAAACACUGUCGAAGAUGAGACGAAUGAAGUGGAAGUGUAUAACCCGCCGCAAAAUGGGGAAGGUUUGGUUGUGGAGGAGGAAGUGCCAGAUGAUGAGGUGAUUAAUGAGGCUCCUGUUAGUAUGCAAGCUGUAACUGCCGAUUCAAGCUCUGCUAUUGCUGCUUCUACUGCUGCACAUGAAGAAGCACCUAAGAAGUCAUAUGCAUCUAUAGUGAAAGUUAUGAAAGAAAACCCUGCACCAAUAUCAACACCUGUACCGACUUCUACUAGGCCUGCACCUCUUAAUGCGGAAAAGGUGGCUUCUGCUCCUACACCUGCUUCAGCAAAGGAUAAUUCAUCUGUCAGUUUAAAUGCUGCUGAAACCUACAAUACCCAAGAGACCGAAGAUGAUGGUUAUUCAAUUUACAUUAAAAAUUUGCCAUUGAAUGCUACUCCUGCACAACUUGAGGAGCAGUUUAAGACGUUUGGGCCCAUUAAGCCUGGAGGCAUUCAAGUCAGAAGCCAUAAGCAACAAGGUUUUUGCUAUGGGUUUGUGGAAUUUGAGGUUGCUAUUGCUGUCCAAAGUGCAAUUGAGGCUUCGCCUGUAAUGAUUGGUGGUCGCCAAGCUUAUGUUGAGGAAAAGCGGCCUACAGCUUCAAGAGUUAGCAGCAGAGGAAGGUUCACAAGCAGAGGGGGCGGUUUCCGUAAUGAGGGAGGGCGAGGGCGGGGGCCAUAUGGCGGUGGAAGGGGUUAUGGGAGGGGGGAUUACAAUAGCCGUUCUGAUUUUGGCAACAGAGGUGCAGGCCGUGGUGGAUCUUCCAACCGUGCUGGUGGUGAUAGUGGGCAUCAAAGAGUCGACAAUGGCGUGUCAAAUGGUGCUCAAGGAAACCGUUCUGGUAAUGCGCUCCCUAGAAACGCCACUCCUGAGGUGCCCGCUUCAGCUUGAUUAAGGUAUUAGAAAGGAAGAUUUUGUUUGUUGUAGCACUAGGAUGAACUUAAAAAUUGUAGUGUCUAAUUUAGGUCUUGCCAUUUUUUUCUUAAUUUGAGCAACAUGGCAUUUGUUGUAUUCAUUUUGCCGAAUUUAAACACUAGGCCGGCCUUUCACGGCCUAGUGUUUUCUUUUCCUUUGUCCUUUCCUCCGCUGCAUGGUAGAAUGAUCUGGGUUCAUUUUAUCUCCUUGUACCAAUUUUUUUUUUUUCAUAUCCGCGAUUAUUGGAGGAAACUUCUCAUUAUCAUCGGCUUGAAGAAAUUGCUCCAUAGUUUGGGCCAAAAUUUACUUCGUAACAUUUGCUGAGAGAUGCAGUGUUUAUGAAUUGCAAUUGUUUGUUUAUUGAAA